GGAGAAUUGGAAUAUCGAGCAUCAUUAUGUUACGCCAGACAUACACAGAGGAAAUGGACAGGUGGAACGCUAUAUGAGAACCAUUAGGAAUUUAUUGAGAAUUGAAACUCGAGUAAAGGCAGAAUGGCCGAGUGGUUUAUGGAAAAUCCAGCUUGUUCUUAACACAACUGUGCAGAAAUCAACUAAUUUGACUCCACUGCAAUUACUCCUGGGAAUCCAAAGUUCGACACCAUUGAUACAGGCGUUAUUGAAAAAUGUGUCAAAGGAUCUGUCUUCAAUAAGAAACCGAGAUUUGGAUAGACAGCGAGUAGCAGAAAAAUUGUCCUCGACACGUGAUCUGAACGAUGUUAAUAAGAGAAGAAGAGAUAACGUUCAGUACUCGCCUGGUGACUUUGUGCUGAUGCACCGUGAUUCUCAGAUGCACAUUAGUAAAAGCGAUUAUGAGUUUCUGGGUCCAUACGAGGUGGUGAACUGCCUGGAUAAUGGACGCUAUGAAAUUAAGAAGGUUGGCACGAACAUCGUGACGAAAGCAGCCAAGGAGCAGCUCAGACGGUGGCCUAUACAAUGGGCUUUGAAUGUUGACAUGAAUGAAGUAUUGGAUUUUCUGGAGUCAGAAAGUGACUCAGUUGAAAGAGAAGAUAGGUCUUCUGGAGAAAAAUGCGUCGAGAGCGUCGCAGUUGUCAGGAAGGCCGUGUAAGAAAUCGAAUACACGAAUAUGGUGAGCCGCUGCCGGUCAAAGGGGAUAAGCGCUGAGUAAACAUAAACGACAGCCGAGAUUUGAAGCUGUGGUACUCAGGCAAUUCGAUUUGAAGAUCCCUUCGUGCUCGGAUGUACAAGCCGCUCGAUAU